ACACCUAGACCAAGCAUGGCAAGGAAUGAAAGAGCAAUGAGUGUGAAUGGCGUGACACUAAUUGGAGUCAUUUGAGCAGCUUUAUAGUGUGGAAUUGGUGCAUUCUCAUUUGCAGGAGUCUUCAUAAUCAUUUGCUGUCCUCUUGUACAAUGACCACUGACACUAAUGAAGUUCGAUAUCCAAAGCCUUAGCCUUGAUAAUCAUUUUCUAUCCUCUUGUACAAUAACCAUUGACACUAAUGAAUAGAACAUAGACUCUAGAAUGAAAUAUAAUAGUAUAUAAUUUAGAGAAAUUCUUUGGCCACCUCCCUAUCUUCUAGUCCACCUCUGGUGAAAACCCCAUUAUACCCCUGACUUCGGAAAUGAACUUCCGAAAUGCAUGAAAAAGGUGUUUUCGUAAGUUCAUCUCCGAAAGCGCCUUUUUUUUUGAAAAAAAUGUCUUAUUUCGGAAGUUCAUUUCCGAAACUACAAUUUCGGAAAUGAACUUCCGAAAUAAAACGCGUUCUACAGAUUAAGCAGAACUCUCCCCCUCCCCCAAAUCAUUUACCCUAAUCAUCAUCAAACACUUCCAUAGGCGAAAUUUCUGCAGAAGCAAGUGUGAAGUAGCCAAACUCUUCUUCCAAACUCAACCAAACUCAUCAUUAAACACUAAUUGGAUCAUGUCAGACCAGCCAGCACGCAUCAGACAGGGGAGAGAGUCCCAGACUGCGUCGGCUAGACGCGAGCGGGCGGCGGCGCAUCUGGCGUCGACCCAGGGACGGGGGCAGGGACGGGGACGCCGUGUCCGCGUUCCACAGGACUUGGUGGAGAGUUCAUCUGCUUCAGGCUCUAGGAGUAGGCUGGCUCGGGUAUCUUCUUCCCACCAGCGAGAGGAGGAGGAUGAGGAUGAGGAGGAGGAGGAGGUCAUACCGGAUGUUGACCCUCCAGUCGGGGAGGAGGAGGAGCAGGAGGAGCAGGAGGUGGAUAGCUUUCCGGGAGGGCCUUUUGACACUUCCCUGCUGAUUCACUACCAGGAUCACGUCGCUCGGCGGAUCUGGAAGGGAGAGGUAUUUUUUUUAACUUAGCCGUUUAUUUGUCACCAUUUUUUAUAAUUUUACCGUUUAUUUCUCGCUUAUUUGUUUUUUUUUUAACAGGAGAGAGAGCCAUUGAAAAUGGUGAACCACUCCAGGAAGAUUUUCGGUCUGUUUAAACCAGCAGCUCAGUGGUUUAACGACCACGUGCGAGGUUCAGGGCUUAGCGGGCUCUGCAUGACCGGGUACACCACCAUCAGCACCGGCAUGCAGGGGGCAUUUGUGGAGCGCUGGCACAAGGAGACGUCAUCUUUCCACCUGCCGGUUGGGGAGAUGACGAUCACCUUGCACGACGUGCAGUGUCUUCUCCACCUGCCGAUUAGGGGGCCGCUGUUGGACCACUCCCGGAUCCAGAGGGUCGAGGCCAUCGAGUGGAUGACGCUCUAUCUGGGCAUGGAGGAGGAGGUUGCUCACUUUGAGUGCGCCACGACAUCUGGGCCUCAUAUCCGGUUCACCACACUGAAGACUUAUUUUGAGCACCAUCUGGACGCGGCUGCCGAGGCCGAGGCUGCGGGUGACGAGCUGUUCACACAGUAUCACCGCGGCUGCGCUCUUCGGUGCUGGUACAUGCAUGUGGUAGGCGCUGCAUGCUUUGUGGACAAGAGCGCCAGGUACGUCGACGUGACCUACCUCCGCUAUUUCAUGGACCUGGAUACCGUUCACCAGUGGAACUGGGUGGCAGCUACUCUGGCAUAUCUCUACCAGAAGCUGAAUGAGGCCUCCAACUGGAGGACGAGGCAGCUGGUCGGAUCCUGCACUCUGCUUACGAGCUGGAUCAUCUCCUACUUCUCCCGCAUCCACGGCUUCCACAUCGAUCCUGCGUACGUUGACGCCAUGCCCAGGGCCGCCAGAUACGCCCUCCAGAGGGGGAACGAUGCGGUGGGACCAUACCGCCUGUACCUGGACCGCACGAUGCACGACGACGUCACCUGGAGGCCGUUCGCCGACUAUGCUCAGGUUGUCCCCUUCGACGGGGUUGCUCUAUAUUCAGGCUGGUUGGCAUGCGGGACCGGCAUCAUGGUCCGGUAUCUCCCGGAGCGGUGCAUGCGGCAGUUUGGGUUCGUGCAGAUCAUACCCAGGUCACCCUUCGAGGCUGCUCCUGACACAGUGACCAGAGUGCAGCUCACUGCCAUAUGGGAGGAGUGGCAGCAUCAUGUGGUACCGGAGGAGUACCGUCGCAUGCGGGUCACCCAGGACUGGCACAGUGUGGAGGGGUACGUCACAUGGUUCUACCGGGUGUCCCAUCCUCUCUUGAGACCCGACGUUCCCGGCGCUCCUAGGCCAGCACACGAGGAGAUCCUGGAGAACCGGCAGGCGGAGGAUGACCACGCCAUUGAUCUCCUUCCGAUCUGCCAGCGGAUAGAGAUGCUUGGGCGGGACGCGUUGCAUCGAGGUGUCAUUCAUCAGGGCGGACCAGAGGCAGUCGCCGUGAUGGAGAUCAUCGUCACUGAUGCAGGCCGUGCGGCGGGGUACAGGCGACAGAGGAGGGCCCAGGGUGAGCGGGUUAGGCACACCUAGUAGUGGUGGGGUUUAUUCAUUUUUUGAUUUUGGAUUGUAUAUUUAGCACACUAUUUUUAUU